AUGGCUUCGUCAACACGACCAAUCCGGAUUGCUGGCGCGUCUGGCUCAGCCAGCGACCGGCGACAUGCCAUGGCAGCAUUCGCAAAAGCAUAUCCAACUGACCCUGUACACGUGAUCAUAAGCGACUACAUGAGCGAAGCCAAUAUGGUCACAGCGGGAGCACGCAAGGUGAACUCCAGGAGGUCAAAGGAGACACCAGCAGAUCCUUGGGAGCCAGUUGGUCCAGCUUUCGAGACAUCCUUCCUGGAAGCACUGGAGCCUGCCCUUGAGGACCUUGCUAAGUACAACAUCAAGGUCGCGGUCAAUGCGGGAUCCAGCGACACGGAAGGUCUCUACAAGGUGGUCCUAAACAUGAUUGCGAAGAAGGGCCUGGACAUCAAGGUCGCUUGGAUAUCGGGUGACGAGGCUUGGCCAGCGGUCGAGAAGUCACUGAAAAGUGGCCAGUCAAACUUCACAAACAUCUAUACUGGCGAGACACUUGACACAUGGAAGUUCAAGCCAAUUGAUUGGGGCAGCUACUGGUACCACGGCUGGAGGAGAGACCAGCUCCAAGAGCUUGCCAAUGCAUUCGUCGCCGGCCAUCUCAUCGAAUGCUCAACGUACGUUUGCGGCGGAAAUUACUCCGGCUUCAAGGAGCUAGAACAUCACCCAGGCGGCUGGGUUGACAUUGGCUUCCCAAUCGCCGAGAUCUCAGCCAACGGCCAAGUCGUCAUUACCAAGCAGAAGGACUCCGGAGGCAUGGUCUCGGUCAACACUUGCUCGUCCCAACUCGUCUACGAGAUUCAAGGACCCUGUCGGGGCCAACCGCGUUGCGCUUCACGGCGUCCGCGGCCUUCCUCCUCCACCAACCACGAAGUCGGCUGUACCGCCCUUGGCGGCUUUCAAGCCGAAGCAAUGUACCUCCUCACAGGCCUCGAUAUUCCCGCCAAAGCCCGCAUGCUCGAAACCCAACUCCGAUACGCUCUCCUCCCAUAUUCGAAAGACUACAGCCUGCUCAAAUUCCACACCAUCGGCUCCGCCCUACCCAAUUCCCCAUCCCAAGACGCCGCAACCACCAUCUUCCGCGCCUUCGCCCAAGCGCGCACCGCCGACCUGAUCUCCCCACAACGCUUCCUCCGCCCCAUCAUCGACAACAUCAUGCAAGGCUACCCAGGCGCCACCUUCCACCUUGACUUCCGCCAAGGCAUACCCAAGCCUUACUUCGAGUACUACGUCACCCUCCUCCCGCAAUCUGCUCUUACCCACGCUGUGCACUUCAACGGGCGCACCACAGUCAUCGACCCUCCCUCGACCACCCAAACAUUCCCGCCACGGCAGCCCUCCCAAUCUACAACACAGAUCCGGCUCUCCCUAACAUCCUUCGGCCCCACGACCCCCGCUCCCCUAGGCAGCCUAAUCCACGCCCGCUCCGGCGACAAAGGCAGCGAUGCAAACUGUGGCUUCUGGGUUCCACACCCGCACCCUCUCUCUGCCCAGAUCUACACCUGGCUGCGCAAUCUGCUCUCCAUCGAGACCAUCAAGACCCUCCUGGGGGAUGAAUACGACGAGAGCAGAAGACCAAAGAUUGAAAUCGAACGGUUCGAGUUGCCGAAUUUGAGGGGUGUGCAUUUCUUGUUCAGGAAUUUACUGGAUCGCGGCGUGACGAGUACGAGCAGUGUGGACUUUUUGGGGAAGAAUGUGGCGGAGUUCUUGAGGGGGAGGGUGGUGGAUGUUCCGGUUAGGUUUUUGGGGGAUGGUGCGAAGUUGUGA